UAUAAUUUUUAUGUUUAACAUUUCAUGUCACAGAAAAAUGGUUUUUUAAUUUGAAAGAGAUAACAUUCAAGUUUCACAAGAUGAAUGUUGUCGGGUAUAUCAAGAAGAGGGAAACGACGCUGUUUUAGAUGUACCGGCAGCUUACUUAUCCGCCGACUCUGUGGGGGUUUUAACCAACUUGACUAACAUCUAAACCCGCCUUCUGAACUGACGUCUUCAUCAAUAUGGGAGUCUUAAGCGCAAGCAACCCUCAUAUACCGUCUACUGCCUCUUUUUUCACUCCCAAAUUCUCUUUAAAAACCUCCAACAACAAAAACACUCUUAUGUUUAACAUAUCCACCUUCAAAUUCCCAAGAAAACGCUCAUUUCCGUGCUAUUUUUUCUCCUCUAACACAACUACCCUGCAGGUUUCUGCUCGUUUUGGUCGACCCACCAGUCGCCGCAACUCGCUGAGAAAAAAGCUUCUCAAUGAUCAACAACAGGUGAAUCAAAACAAUCUCAAUUCUUCAAGAACGAGUUCUAGUUUUGAAAAUAUUGAUAAUUUAAAUUACGAUUCUGUGAAAGGGAGUGUUAAUGAUGUUUUGAUUGAAAAUUCUAAAGAUUCAAAAUUGAAACCUGUUGUUGAAUCUGCUUUGCAUGGUCAAUUGGAGAAUUGGAUUGAUCAGUACAAAAAGGAUGUUGAUUACUGGGGCGUUGGGUCGGGGAAAAUUUUUACAGUUUUUCAAGAUGCUGAUGGGAAUGUGAAGAAAGUUGUAAUUGAUGAAGAUGAAAUCUUGAAAAGAAGUCAAGUUGAAGACUUAGCUGAAUUAAAUUCUAAAAUAGAAUAUGCUAGGAAUUUGGCCAAAGAAAUGGAGAUUGGGGAAAAUGUGAUUCCGAGGAACAGUACAGUGGCAAAGUUUGUUCUUUCAGGUGAGGAGUCUGGUUUUGUUAAUGCGAUCCGUGGUGUCAUUCUCCAUCCUCAGUUUAUCCCUAAGAGCUCUAGAGUUGGAAGCAUUGUGUUGUGUGGUUUGGUUGUAUUUUGGUUGGUGAAGAAACUAUUUUCAUUUCAAGGUAAAGAGGUGCAUUACACAGAACUGGAGAAAGAAAUGAUGAGAAGAAAGAUAAAGUCAAGAAAGGAGAAGGAAAUGUUAGAGAAGGGAAGUGUGGAAGUUGUUCAAAAAGAGAUGGAACCUCCAAUGGAGACCUUUAUAAAACCUAAGAUAGAUAAGCAAGAACUCAAGAAGAAUAUAAUCAAAGCAAAGGCUUCAAAGGAUAAUUUCGCAUUGGUGGAUUCGUCUAGUUCUCAAACAAGCAAAUUGGAAGAUUUUGGUGAUAAAUUUCAGGAAAUUAGAAAAAUGGCCAGGGAAAUCCGCAUGAUUGAGGGCAGGGAGCAUUCCCAGGUCGACAGGAAUGUAGAAGAAAAGCAGGCUGUGGAUGGUAAACUAACUGAUGAGAUAAAAGAGUACAAACAGCAUAGAGAAGAUGAUAUAAAAUUCUUGGGGAACCUUCCGAAGGAAAGUGAUGAAACUGCAAUGACUGUGUCUUUAGUUGAAACAAAAUGCUGGAGUACUGAAUUUCCCAACAAGGUACCUUCUGUUGAGAAUGAGGUUGGGCAAACUUCUGGUGCUUCAAUUGUGGAACAAUCACAUUUGAGAACAAAGCAGGAUAGGGAGGGCACUUCAUUUGUAGUGGUGAAAGAAGAUGUUGUUCAAUCAUCAGAUCCUCAUGAUGCUAAAUCAUCUAUUUCAGAUACCAAUUCUGUUAGAAAAGAAACAAGGGUCAUACGAUCAGUGAAAGAAGCUAGGGAAUUUCUUUCCAGAAAACACGGCAAAGAAGAUUUUGAUCAGCCCAUUGUUAAAACUUUGCAAGAAAGUGUUGCUGUUUCAAAUCAACCAAGUGGUAAAUUUGAUAGAAAUACAAGGCAGACAUUCAGUGUGGACAACAAAGUUUUGGGUUCUGCAAAUUUUGGUGGACCAUCUGAGUCUACUUUUGCUCUAAAUGUUCAUAAAUGUUCAACUCUGAAGGAUGAGGAGCAGGUUCCCAUCAGCAAAGAUGAUCCUGAAUAUUCUGAUGAAGAAUAUGAAGUGGGUGAUUGUGAAAAUUCCCAUACUUACUUAGAUCAUGAAGAUUCUGGUGCAAGUACAAAGACUGGAACAUAUGUAAAGAUGGAAAACUGGGUGGAAAAAAAUUUUCAUGAUAUUGAACCCAUUGCAAAGAAGAUAGGAAGUGGAUUCCGAGACAAUUUCAUGGUUGCAAGAGAGAAAGUAAAUAAACAAUUAAAUACCUUUGCUGAUAUUACACAGCUUGGCUCUGGUGAAGAUGACGGUGAACUUGAGUGGAUGAAAGAUGAUAAGCUGAGAGACAUUGUUUUUCAAGUCCGAGAAAAUGAGUUGGCUGGGCGAGAUCCAUUUUAUUUGAUGGAGGCUGAAGAUAAACUUGCAUUCUUUCAGGGUCUUGAAAAGAAAGUUGAGGAAGAGAAUGCAAAGUUAUCCCAUGUGCAUGAAUGGCUCCAUUCAAACAUUGAAAAUCUUGAUUAUGGAGCAGAUGGUAUCAGCUUGUAUGAUCCACCAGAGAAAAUCAUACCGCGCUGGAAAGGGCCUCCAUUGGAGAAAACUCCUGAGUUCCUGGAUGACUUCCUUAAACAAAGGGAGGCUCUUUUUGCUGGAAAAAUUCCAGUGAAGAAGGAUGAGGAGAAAUUUCUUCAAAAAUCAACAAGGUUUCCCACCCAUGAGAAUGCUGCUGCUUCUUUGGCUACUAAUGAUUUGAAGAAGUCACAAAAUAGGGAUCCAAAACAUUCCAAGACAGUUAUAGAAGGCAGUGAUGGUUCUAUCAGAUCUGGUAAAAAAUUGGGGAAGGAGUACUGGCAACACACAAAGAAAUGGUCACGUGGGUUCUUGGAAUCUUAUAAUGCAGAGACAGACCCAGAAGUUAAAUCCAUUAUGAAAGAUAUGGGAAAGGAUUUAGAUCGAUGGAUCACUGAAGAACAAAUACAGGAAGCAGCUGAUCUGAUGACCAAACUACCUGAGAGGAAUAAGAAGUUCAUGGAGAAGAAAAUCAACAAGCUCAAAAGAGAGAUGGAGUUGUUUGGACCACAAGCUGUUGUGAGCAAAUACCGUGAAUAUGCAGAAGAGAAAGAAGAAGAUUAUCUAUGGUGGCUAGAUCUACCACAUGUUCUGUGCAUUGAACUGUACACAAUUCAAGACGGGGAACAAAAUAUAGGAUUCUAUUCACUGGAGAUGGCUUCUGAUCUUGAGUUGGAACCAAAACCCCAUCAUGUGAUUGCUUUUGAAGAUGCUGGUGAUUGCAAAAACCUUUGUUAUAUCAUUCAGAGCCAUUUGGAGAUGCUUGGAAGUGGCCAAGCCUUUGUUGUUGCAAGGCCUCCUAAGGAUGCUUUUCGCGAAGCCAAAGCAAAUGGUUUUUGUGUAACUGUCAUCAGGCAAGGAGAGCUACAGCUCAACAUUGACCAACCCCUAGAAGAAGUAGAGGAACAAAUUACUGAGAUUGGGAGUAAGAUUUACCAUGAUAAGAUAAUGGGAGAUCGAUCUGUGGAUGUAAGCUCAUUGAUGAAGGGUGUCUUUGGCUUUGGUGCCAAAUCCUCUAAGAGCAGAAGGGGUAAGAAUCUGCCAAAGAAGAUGCUGAAAAGGCCUAGCAAGAAGUGAACGAGAGUCUCCUGGCUCACCGCAUUGGGCUAUUGAGACAAUUGACCAUGUGAGAUAUCAGAUGACCAUGAAGGACACUGUUGAUUUGCUCCCCUCUGCUUUCUCUUAUGAUUCAGUUUUGCAAGUUCCGCCAAAAUGCUGUAGCAGUGGGCAGAAAGCUUGUCUUGACACAGACCGCUGACCUGCUAUCUAUCUUCUAUUUAAUUCCAUAUCCUGUAAUUAUAGUAACAGGUAGCAGUUGAAAUGCUUAUUCCAGUGGCAAAACAUGGGGAUGCUUAUGACGUGAAGAACUGGAACAAGAUUUUAAAUGCUUAUUCCAGUGGUUUUUUAAUGCCUCCUGAUAAAAAAUUGCUGUUGGAGCUAGCUGGAAUCCAGUAAUUUAGAAUAAAGCUUCUUCUAUCCAGUUUUCAUCAA